AUGUCAAGCAUCAUUAAUCUCCUCAAGUCCCAAUCAGACAACCACACCCGUGGACUGUACUUUUACCCAGGUGCUGCAAAGACUAAGCCUAGCUUUACAUCCUACGCCAGCCUCUACACUCAAGCCUUAAAUAUCGCUGCCGGUUACAAGAGCGCCGGCUUCAAGUAUAAUGACAUUGUUCUACUCUAUAUGUCCUCACACGAAGCUUAUGCUUUACACUAUUGGGCUGCUGUACUCGUCGGAUUAGUACCAACCAUCCUCACUCCGCUCACCAAUGAUCCUAAGCAAGUCGAAGCUCACUUGAGCCAUUUGAAGAACCUUCUUGACCCACGCAUAAUUGCAUCUUCAGAGCUUCACGCUCAUUUGGAUUCCAUUAAGGAUACCUCUGAGAUCUACUCACCAGAAGACAUACUUGCAAGAGCCAACGGAAAGGUUUUGCAAGACUCAGACAUUAAUUCAACAAAGGAUUUGGCUUGUUUGAUGCUGACUUCCGGAUCUACUGGUAACGCUAAAGCUGUCGAAAUGCGCCACGAAGCUAUCCAAGCUGCUGUCAGGGGAAAAUCUCAAGCACUUGGUCUCACAUCUGAGACAAAGUUUCUUAACUGGAUCAACUUUGAUCACGUAGCCAACUUGACCGAGUGUCACCUCACUUCAAUGUACCUCGGUGCUGACCAGUACCAUGUUCCUGGCGCAGCUCUCCUCACCAACCCACUCGACUUCCUCCAAAUUAUUAACGAUCAACGCAUCAACUUCAACUUCUCACCAAACUUCUUUUUAUCUGCCCUGCUCGACUCAUUCAACAGAGAGCUCAAACACAAUGCUGAUCUGCGCUCCAAGUACGACCUUUCAUCGCUCAAGAAGAUUACAUCUGGUGGUGAGGCCUCGUCUACUAAGAUGUGUGCUACUCUUAUCGAGCAAGUACUCGCUCCAAUGGGUGCACCAAAGGACCUGAUCGUCCCAGGGUUUGGACAGACUGAAACAUGUGCCGGGUCUAUUUUCAACAAGACGUUCCCAUCACAGGAGAUCCGCGACUCAAGAGCUUAUGCUGCAGUUGGAUUACCAAUGAACGGCAUCGAGAUGAGAAUCGUUGACCCAGAGACCUCAAAGGCAGUAGCUGAUGGUCAAACAGGUGAGCUGCAGAUCGCCGGCCCAGUCGUCUUCCGCAAGUAUUACCGCAAUGAGAAAGCGACAAGAGAGAACUUCACUCCUGACGGUUGGUCCAGAACUGGAGACAGAGCAUACAUGUCAUCAUCUGGCUGUGUCUUGGCUGGUCGUGACAAGGACUCUAUCAUCACCAACGGCGUCAAGUACUUCAGUUCAGAGAUUGAAUACAUGCUCGAAAACGCUGGUAUCGAAGGUAUGCUCCCAUCAUGGAUCGCCGCAGUGCCAUACCGUCCAGAAGGUCACGCUACGGAAGACAUUCUUAUCUUCUUCGCUCCAUCAUUUGACGUGAGCAAGGAUGUCAAUGGUUUGAAGGAUGUUGUCGAGGCGAUCGCCGACAGAGUCGUCAUGUACUGCGCUCACCGCCCAUACCGUAUUCUCGCAUUACCUACUGAAGCAUUCGGCGGCAAGUCUUCUCUCGGUAAGAUCUCGCGCAACAAGGUAUUGAAGGCUUACGAUGCUGGUGCAUUUGUCAAGUAUGAAGCUGAACAAAAGUUAGCUCUUGAGGAACUCCGCCGCACUCAACUCGUUCCACCUGAAACAGACUUUGAGCGCAAGGCUGCAGCUGCUAUGGCUGAGACUCUCGGCCUCGACUACAAGUUCAUUGGUCGUCACGACAACUUCUUCACUUUCGGUGGCUCAUCGCUUGAAUUGGUUAGAUACAAAAACAUACUUGAGAAGUACCUCGGAUUGACAGAGGAGCUUCCUCUCAUCACUGUCCUUCGCAACCCAACUCCUGCUACACUUGCGCCAUACUUGGACAGAUACUUGCGCACUCAAUUCGGUGAAGUUCCUGACAAUGCUGAUGAUAUCUACGAUCCAAUUGUUCCACUCCAGCUUAAGGGUUCCAAGCCUCCUCUUUUCCUUAUCCACCCAGGUGUUGGUGAAGUAUUGGUCUUCUUGAACCUCGCCAAGUACAUUACCGACAGACCGGUGUACGCUCUUCGCGCUAGAGGUUUCAACCCAGGUGAAACGCCAUUCACGGACAUGAACACCCUCACGGAUGCUUACAUGGCUGGUAUUGAGAGAACAAACCCAGAUGGACCAUACUGUAUCGCUGGAUACUCAUACGGUGCAUGUCUCGGAUUCGAGAUCUGCAAGAAGCUUGAAGCAAAGAACAAGGAGAUUGGUUGGUUUGGAUGUUUCAACCUUCCUCCACACAUCAAGGAACGUAUGCAGCAGCUCGACAGAGUUGAGGUCGUUCUCAACCUGUCCUACUUCCUCGGCUUGAUGACAGAGGACUACGCUCAUGAGAUUUCACCAGAGAUGCACAAGUACACUCCGGAGCAAGUCGUAGAGCACAUAGUGGCUAUUGCACCACCAGCUCGUCUGCAAGAGUUGGAGUUGACAGCUUCUAAGCUGCUCAACUGGGGUUCUAUUGCUGAAAAUCUUCAAGCUCUGGCUAGAGGAUAUGAGCCAACAGGAACAGUGUCGAACAUUAACGUCUUCAUUGCGGAUCCACUGGCCGCUGUUGCCAAGACGCGUCAAGAGUGGUACGAGAAGAAGUUGACCCCAUGGAAGGAUUUCACUAGAACUGAGCCUGUUUUCAUCGAUGCUAAGGGCGCACACUACACCAUCCUUGCACCAGAGAACGUCGUCGAUUUCCAAUCCAAGAUGAGAAAGUCUCUCGAAGCACGUGUGACAGUUUCAAGUCAUGCACUGCCCCCGACGUACCUCUUCACUUUUACGGAAUCGGCUGUUGAAGGGGCUGAAGUGGAGGCAAUUUGGCUAUCAAAGUCUUACAAAAGAACGAUGAGCAUGAUAGAUUUGAAAGACUUAUACACGACAACGCUAUUAAGCUACGAAGAAGAAGAAGAAUCUAGUCUUCUCGAUAAAGGGUAUGGGCAGCAUUUCAGGUCACUCGAUGCAUUUCUACAAAGCUUUAAGCAGUUACAGCCAAAGCAGUCACUCGCUAAUCCUGUUCCAAGCGCUGGUUGGCAGGCUUUUGUCAUUAUUGAUAACAAACUGCAAGGGCACAUAUGCGUUGAAGAAAAAGUUGUACAGAACUACUUCAAAUGCCUUUCAAAGCGUUACAAUAGCGAUAGAAUAAGACCACCAAAACAUGUAACUCAAGUUGUUCCACAUAAAGAUUUCAAACCAGGCAAUAUAAAGUAUAUAUCCGAUUACGCGACCUAUCGCCUAUUGUAUCGCUCAUUUGACAGCCACAUUACUCAAAUCAUUCGCAAUCGCAUCCGCAAGCAUUCACCAAAAGAGUCAACUUCGCUGUGGUUGAGUAAGAAGCAUACCUUUCUUGCUCUAGAUGUUGAAUGGUGGGAGAACGUUCCCGUAAAUAUUCUUGAAUUCGGCUAUGCUAUCUGCAGAGCUUCCUUUUUAGCAGGCAGAGAAGACGUUCACUGGCCGCCGAUACCUGAGGACAACUAUCGACGCGCACACUACAAAGUCCGCAACCCAGGCGGAGUGACUGAUAAUCACAAGCCUUUCAUCUUUGGAAAAACUAAAUCAAUUUACAAAGACAGCGUGAGGAACUUGUUGGAGUCCGUUAUUAGCAGCUUGUCUUCGCCUGAGACCUCGACUGAAUUGAACAAUCUCGUCAUUGUUGGUCAUGGUAUACAGGAAGCAUUCAAGAAAUGGAAGUUGAAUGUGCCUUCAAAUGUCGUCAUGAUAGACGUCGGCCAGCUGCACCAGAUGAUAUAUACAACAAUGGGUGUAUACCCACUCAGAUCAAUACUCGACACACUCAAAGUACCAUACCAAGCGCCAAGUCUAGGAAACACGGGCAACGAUGCCAUGUGGAUUAUGGAAGCUUAUGCGACGUUGUGCGAGCAGUACGGAGCAGGUAGAGGAAAAAACCAAUCGUCAUCGGGUGGUAAAGUGACUUCCUCCGAGAAUUUUUCCAGCGGUACAUCCUCAACGAAUGAAUCAUCUUCAGCUGAAGCCAGCAAGUUGAAGAAGAGGGUUUCUUUCAGUGGAGAUGCUACGUUGGGAGGUGAAGAGGCAACUGCUACAUCCACACCAGGCGUCUUUGCACCAUACAAUCCCAUGAUGGGUUAUCCGCAAGUGCCAGGAAAUCAUCCAAUGGUGACCCCAAUGAUGGGUCCGAUGAUGAGUCCAAUGAGUUCAAUACCCCUCGCAUCGCCACCAUCAAUGCACAAUCCAAACGUUGUUGAUUUCAGGAAGUCUGCGGCGUUUAGACAAUCUAAUCUAUCGCUUAGGCCUGAGUUGAAGAAGGGGGAUUACUAUCAGUCAUUUGAAAAGCGUAAAUCUUCAUCGCAUUUGUGA